AUGUCACACAACAAUUCCAGCGUGGUGACUGAGAUUCUGCUCUUGGGAUUUCAGAAUUUACAAAGUUUUAGGAUCUGCUUUUUUCUCCUGCUUCUGACCAUUUUCUGUGUGACUAUAUGUGGAAACCUCCUCAUCAUUCUGUUGGUGUCCUCCAGCAGAUCUCUCCACUCUCCCAUGUACUUCUUCCUCACACAGCUCUCCUUCACAGAUAUUCUGCUCUCCACCACCAUCGUACCCAACACCCUCCAUAUUGAAUUGAAUGAAGGAAGUUUUGUGUCUUUUAUUGGAUGUUUGACUCAAUUUAAUUUUUUCUCAGCUUCUGAGGCAUUGGAAUGUCUUCUCCUCACUGUGAUGUCCUAUGACCGGUAUCAGGCCAUCUGUAACCCUCUACAUUACUCUUUAGUCAUGGACCUCACAUUUUGUAUGAAAGCCGUUCUGUUGUGUUGGAUGAUGAUGUUAGCUGAUAUAUUGACUGUUGCAGCAACAAUGAGUCAUUUGUGGUUCUGUGGACCAAACGUCAUUGACCAUUUCUUCUGUGAUUUUGAUCCCAUACUGGAACUUUCCUGCUCAGACACUUUUUUGCUGAAAAUAGAAGGUAAGAUACUGGCUGUACAAUUUGUACUUUGCCCAUUUAUUGUGAUUCUGGUCUCAUAUGUUUAUAUUAUUAUCACCAUACUGAAGAUCCCAUCUGUGACCGGGAGGCAGAAGACCUUCUCCACCUGCAGCUCUCACCUGGCCGUGGUGUCUUUAUAUUACGGGUCACUUAUAAUGAUAUAUUUGUACUCAAAUAGGGGAAAUGUAAAGAAAACCCUCUCCCUGUUCUACACUGUAGUGACUCCGCUCCUCAAUCCUAUGAUCUACAGUCUGAGUAAUAGAGACAUUAAGCAGGCCUUCAAGAAGCUCAAGAGCAAAAUGUCUUCUGCUCUUUAA